GCCUGAGAGGCGUGUUCAUUGUCGAUGGGGAAGGACUUGUCCAGCAGGCUUGUCUCACCUGCCUCGUGCAACAUGACUUCUGAUCCUUGGAUACAGCUAGUUGACCAGAGACGUAGAUCACAUUGAACAACCUCACCGUCGGACGGAGUGUGCGAAAGCUCUACGUCUUCUAGAAGCGUUCCGAGCCGUUGCAAAGCAUGGUAUCCUAUGCCCUAUCGACUGGAAGCCAAGCUCACAUGCCCCGGACACGCUCAACACCAUUUCCAAUACGCUCAUAGAAUCCUACGAGGACCGACUGGCCAACCUGCAGAAAGGUACGUACAUGCUCGCCUUCGUACGGGACAGGAUCUAACAAUUCUGCAGAAUUUGGUGAUGUUGAAGUUACGGACCUGGAUGCAAAGCACCGAAGCAAUGCUAGUAUGGGAAGUGUGCCACAUGCGGAAUUCGUGGAUACCCCGGGUCCAAAGGUCAAGCUCACCGCCGAGUCCUGGCCAUACCAACUGCGCACCUCGAGUAUCAGCAAAGCCGCCUCGGGGGGAGUCAAUCAAUCAAGAAUCAGGCAAAUCAAAGCAGUCACACCCUCUCAGCCCGAUCACUGCGGUUGCUACUCCAGUCACCACGCUGAGCACUCAGGAAGUGCCACUCCUGAAGCUGCACACCCAGGAGCGGACCGCCCGCCACAGUCUAAGUACGCCCUUCCACGAAGACAUAAGCAAGAUCUUCUCCUUCUCCUCGCCCUCCCUUUUUCGUGAAUAUCCACCUUCCGAAUCCCUAUCCCACUCGGAGUAGUAGACUGACAGGGCACCAGCCACACCUCCGCGCACCACAACCAGAAAGCGCACUCUGCUCAGCCAAAGUGAUCAAUACGUCUAGGUCGGCGCCCAAAUACACAGGAGCCCCAGGGAGGGCCGCAUGCCGUCCUGGAGUUUGCGAAUCCGACGCUGAGUCCGAUGGUCAGUCCGAGGGUGGAAUUCAAGGCCCAAUCGCCAGCCUACGAUU